UUUCAUGUUUCUGUUAUGGCGGCUAAUGGUUUCUUUUUCGGGAAAAAAAGGUGUGUCGCAUGACUGAAUUUACUGAAAUUACUUCACUUUGGGAUAUAUUUGGGACCAGUAAGAAAGUGAUCAACAGUUGUCACUUUGCGAGGAAACGUUCGGACCCAUUUGUCCCUCAGGACCCCCCUCAAGUCCUCACCACUGAGUAGGGAGAUCUACACAUGGUUGAGAUGGGGGAGGCUGCUGAGUAUGGGAUGGUCAGCAAGAUGCGGGAGAUGGUGUCCAGAAUGUUCUACAACUAUGGCCUCUUCUGUUCCAACUACCCGAUAGCUCUCAUCGUCUUCUCAGUGGUCAUCGCUGUGCUGUGCAGUCUUCCAUGCUUUUUCGCUGUUCCCCUGACACUGACGGCACCCUAUCAGUACACUACACCUCUGAAAGGCUUCCCGGACACAGCGAGAAAGUUCUACACCAAACAGCUGCCUGAUAAUAAGACUGCCAUUGACCACAGUAAAAGACCACAAUGGUUUUCCCGACCACCAGUGGGCUAUGUGUUGCAGGUUGUUAUAAAUGCAUCUGUAUCACCAUGGCAACCAGGUUUAACAUAUGGAGAUGAUGUGAGAGGUCCACUCUCUAAGGCCUUUGAGCUGGACAAAGAAAUCAAGAGUUUCAGCUCAAAAUCAAACGUAUUACUGCGCUCAUCAUGCCUGUAUGUAUCUGAUGUAGCUGACCAUGUGAAGGGUGUAAUGCCUGAGCAUAGCUGCCUCGUAGUAUCACCAGCUAACGUAUGGCAAGGCAGCUUUGAUCGCUUUCAAGAAGACCCUUAUCCUGGUAGAUCAGUGUUCAUGGGAAACUUCUAUGAUAAACCUGCCCUACAUGAUCUUCUGCUAGGUGUGCAAGCCAAAUACACUGGACUACAGAAAUACAACAUUCAUUCUGUGUCUCCUCAGAUCUCCUUUGCUGUAACGGUCGUGUUCCAUACCUACAAUGACAGUUUCAUUGAGGAGCUGAAGUCUCAUCUUGAAGAGAGGUUUAACAUGGGAUCACCCUCUCUAGAUUGGAACACAGGAGAGUUUCUCAUUCUUCACAUCUACUACAAGAGUCUGAUCAACUCUGAUGAUUUCAUGCCUGCUGCCAUCAUCUAUGCCCUGCUAAUGUUCUACAUCUACUUCUCAGUUCGUAAGAUUGAGAUGGUGAAGUCUAAGUGGGGUUUAGCGUUGAGUGCUACUGUCAUGUUAGUACUAUCCUGUACCAUGUCAGCUGGUCUUUGUAUCCAGUAUGGGGUUGAACCAACGUUGAAUGAAGGAGAGGUGUUUCCAUACAUCAUCAUCUUGAUUGGACUGGAAAAUAUUCUAGUUCUGAUCAAAUCCGUUACGUCUACGCCCAUGGAUCUACCAGUAGAGCUGAGAAUAGCACAAGGUUUAAGCAAAGAAGGUUGGUCUAUCUCAAAGAACAUGUGGACUGAGAUACUGAUAGUGGUGAUUGGGCUCUUUACAUUCGUAUCAGCCGUACAGGAAUUUUGUCUGCUCGCCCUGGUGGCAAUGUUCUCAGAUUUCUUCCUUCAGAUGAUGUUCUUUGUCUCCAUCUUGGCUCUCGAUUUCAGGAGACUCGAGAUUUCCGACCUUUAUAAAUCAGGAAUGAUGCAGACCCUCCAAGAUUCUCCUGACGGGGCGCGGCCUUCUCGCACCCACCACCGGUCCUUCCUCUCCCCCUUCUGGGGUCAACCCAUCGAGGAGCCCGCCCCUACACCCAGGAUCCCUCGCAGGCUCAGGGUCUUCAACUUCUUAGCUAGCAUUAGGAUUAUCCAAAAGAUUAUUAAGUUCACUCUUGCACUGUGGAUCAUAGUGACUUGUCUCUUCAUCUACAAAGCGGGUAUCAUCAACUUCUUCCUCGUCAGCAACAUCUACGGCAGUCCCCUGGAACCCUCCACCACCCAUUCAGCCCCAACCCCUCUGGACCCCACACUGCCCCUUGUACCCCCUCUCAACGACCCCUACCACACCCUAGACAAAACCGGACAGGUGCCCGAUCCCGACGCAUCCGACAAGGUCAAUGACCCGUCUCUUCCUGUUCUAAAAGCGGGGGAUUCCCCAAAGGCAAGUGAUCAGAAAGGGGACGAUAAAGUCAAGGACAAGACCAAGAGCGGGAGCGAUGGGAGUGAUGGAAGCUUGUUGGACUUGAAGCCUUGCCACGGAAGCGAUUGCAGCGAUAAGCUAUCCCUGUGGGUCAGACAGAGAGGACUGUGGAAGCUCUCUGCUUGGCACUGGCCUGCUCUCUUCAAUAUGUAUAACAUUAGCUUGGCAGACAGAUACGUGAGCAUCCUACCACCCAUCAAGCUCAACAUUCAUAUCAGUCCGGAGGAAGCCGUAGCUUUGAGGAAAGAUUCAGAAACCAAGAGAUAUGGCUCAUCUCCUGGGGUUGGUCAGAUCAUCGGUAGCUAUGAAGGUCUUCAUGAAGCCGACAGAUGGGACUACUACGUCACGAUGAUGCUGGGAAUCAUUAGCGGUGCAUCAUCAGUAAUCCUCAUGAUGCUGCUGUGUAAGUGCGCUACCCUGGUCCGUAGUCGUCAGGCGAGGUACAAACCAGGACGUAGGGCUGAUAUCGUCAAGAGGGUCCAGGGGCCAUGUGAAGCUGUACCUCUGCAUCUGACUGGACAUGAACAGGAGGUGGAGUGUUUUGUGACUGGAGGGCGCUGGGUAGUGAGUGCGUGUAUCCAGGGUGAUAUAAGGAUCUGGGAUCCAAAUGAAGGAAGAUGUGAGCAUUUCAUUCCAAGAACAAGAUAUCGCCUGAACAACAAAAGUAGCAGCCUGCCUCGUCAACCCAUCUCACCUACGCAGCCCCUAAAGACUCCCAAUCAUUCCAGCGUCCCGUCCAGUCCCUUCAGUCCACUUUAUACUGAUCCUCCUCAAACAACAGAGGGCGCUGCUCCAAACAGCGCCAGGGAUCUCAACACUCACUUCUGCUCCGAGGUGAUCAUGCCACGCCCCGGUAGCUCAAAGGACCUGUCGUCUCACUUCAGCGGGUCACACGAAGCUGGCAUACCGCGGCCUGGAAGCUCGAAGGACCUGUCAUCGCACUUCUGCGCGUCACAAGAAGGUGGCAUGCCACGACCUGGAAGCUCAAAGGACCUAGCUGGGAUGCACUUCAGCAUGGACGGAUACUAUGCGAAUGGAGAGCAGGUGUAUUCAGCAGCGAGGCACCCAUCGCAGUCGUCCAGCCGUAGCUCUGGGGUGGCUAGUUGCGAUGAUGACCCUUACCUACAGCAGCACACCAAGUCAAGGACUCAUAGCACGGUAUCCGCUGACUUCUCCCAGGUGGACAUGUUUGGUAGUCCACAGGAGAGGGAGGGUGUGGUCGACCCAGCUGGUGUGGGAGGGGGGCAUUGUGCACCCCAUGGAGGGGGAGGGGGUGAUGGUGCAGGUGUAUGCUCUACGGUGUGGUGUCUUGCGUGUAAAGAUGAGCUAGUAGCGGCAGGAUGUAGUGAUGGAAGUGUGGAGCUAUGGAGCAGUGAGAACGGUCAGCUGUUAGCCUGGUCACCUUACAAGGGUGACCAAUCACAGCCUGGUAUUACAGGGGUGUGCUUCUGUCGUAAUCUCCUGGUUGUAGCCAGGCUCGGGGGCAGUCUGGACUUCUUGCAAAUAUCAGGCUUUAAUGGUGUAGGAGUUACAGUGAGCUACGACAGCUAUUACCAAUACCCUCCAGUGGUUCAUUUGACUCUGCUGAAGACAGUACAGGCUCACCAGCAACCCAUUAAUACUAUACAGGCUAAUGAAGCACAACUCAUCACUGCUAGUCAGGACUAUACAUUAAAGGUUUAUUCAUUAGAUGAUCUUAGUUGUAGAUUUACAUUGAGAGGACACGCUGGCAGUGUCACAUCACUCUAUGUAGAUAAGGAUCCAUUCAUCAGCAUGGCAAGUGGUUCAACGGACGGUCUGGUGAGAUUGUGGGACACGUCGCGGGGCGAUAUGUUAAAAGCUCUCAAAGGACCUACUAGUACAGUUCUUAGUAUUACAUGUACAUCACAACACGUUCUGUGUGUUAGCUUAGACAAUAAGCUGUGUGUAUGGACGAGACUACAGGGAUGGAUGCUGCAUGUUAUACAACUGGAUGGUGGAUGCAGUAGUAGCGUUGCUACCUUGAAUGAUAAACUCAUGAUCACUGGUGCUCAGGGAUACCUAGUUGUUUGGGACAUUGUCAGUGGAGAACCUAUCAGAGAACUCAACCUUGGUGACAAGCAUGUUCGUGUGAAGAACAUACUCCCCGUUGACAACUCACCAACGAUCGUCUGUGACUUCGGCAGCGAGCUGAGACUCAUCCAGUUCCCACCGAGUCUCGAGAAGAUAGACUGAAGAACUGAAAAGAGGGAAAGGAAGAAGAAGAAGAUGGAUGAGAGUUCUUGAUGACUCCGGUUCUAUCUAGCUGUAGCAAGAUUCACUGCAAAGUGGAAGGGAGAGAGAAGGAGCAUGGUCAGCUGAGUUUCCUCCGAGACUUACAAAGUUUUCGCCAAGCCUCUAGAAGAUAGACAGAAGAAGUGUUUGGAGAAGAGGAAGAUGAAGAAGAAGAUCUUUCAAACCCAGGUUCUUUUCCAUUCAAACAAGAUCGACUGAAGAAAUGAGGAGUAGAAGAGAAAGCAAAGGAAGAUCAUCACCUGUCACCAAGCCAGUCUAUAUCUUGGUCUGGAACAUCUGACGAUGGGUGGAAGAUGGCGUAGUCUCUGCUCCUGCCUCGCAGUCAAGAGGAUGGACAGAAGAAAUGAAAAGAGGAGGUGAAAGGUAGCGGGAAAAGAAACAAAUUUUCUGUUCCAACUCCUUUGUUUCUAUAGCAGUCAGAAGAUAGAGUGAAAAAAUUAGAAAGUUGUAUUUCUAUUAUUUUUUUUUUAUAGAAGAAGAGAUGUAGAAUUAGAAGAUAGCUGUGAAAAGAUCCAAUGUAGAGAGAAAAGUCUCUGCCUCUAGUAGCAAAGAAGCUUGAUGGGAGAUGGGAGAUGUGAGAGGAGAAUUAAAUGUUAGAGUUCAGAAUGUUCUGUUCUAAAUGAUUCAUGAGAAUAUAGAAUGAAGAGGUUUAUAAAGUACAUGUAGAGCACAAGGAAGGAGCAGAGAAAGGAAGGUUAGAUGGCAUGUACGGUUUUCUCUGUCGUUGGGAUUACGAGAUGUAAAGAAUGAAAGAAAAGGCAAAUAAUAUGGACAUAUAUGUUAUGAUAAAUGAUCCUUCCGACUAUAUGAAAUGUUUGUAUUCUUUGAAUACAUAAUGGAGAGAAAGGAAUGCCAGUAUGUAAGAUAAAAAGACAAAAGAAAGUAAACAAAUCCAACCAGAGAAAUGAUGCAAAUAUUUUUCUUACUCUUUUGAGGAUCUCCAUACUCCAAAAGUGUUUAAAAGAAGCAGCCCACCAUUAAAUAUUUAUACCAAAAAUAAAAAAAACUGCUUUGAAGCAAGGAACAAUCUU